UAACGAUAAAGAAAGGAAAUAAGCAUAGUGGGAAAGCAGACAGCAACAGCGUACUUGUGGUUGCAAAAAGUGAACUUGCCGUUGUCUAUAUAGUAAAAUAAGCGUGUUAAUGUUUUGAAAAAAUGUCGAGUUUGUUGAAAGUAAAUUGUUUUUUAUCAAAGAAUGUGUUGUCUAAAGGUUCAGCUGUGAUAAGUAGAGGUGUUCAUAUUUCUGUAGAUAGAAGAGAUGCCAAAGUAUCGGAAGGUAUUUCGAAAGUUUAUCGCGUGGUAGAUCAUACGUAUGACGCUGUUGUUGUUGGCGCCGGAGGGGCAGGUCUUAGGGCUGCUUUUGGCCUGGUGGCCGAAGGAUUCAAAACAGCUGUUGUCACAAAGUUGUUCCCGACCAGGUCGCAUACCGUGGCUGCACAAGGAGGAAUUAAUGCUGCCUUAGGUAAUAUGGAAGACGACAUGUGGCAAUGGCACAUGUACGACACGGUAAAAGGUUCCGAUUGGCUUGGAGACCAGGACGCCAUCCAUUAUAUGACGCGAGAAGCUCCCAGAGCCGUAAUAGAACUGGAAAAUUAUGGUAUGCCGUUUUCGCGCACAACAGACGGCAAAAUCUAUCAGCGCGCGUUUGGCGGACAAUCUUUAAAAUUUGGCAAAGGCGGUCAAGCGCAUAGAUGUUGCGCAGUAGCCGAUCGAACCGGUCACAGCCUUUUGCACACCCUGUAUGGUCAAUCACUAAAGUACGACUGCAACUAUUUUAUCGAAUACUUUGCCACAGACUUAAUUAUCGAACAUGGAGAAUGUAAAGGAGUUAUGGCACUCUCCAUGGAAGACGGUACCAUACACAGAUUCAAAGCGAAAAAUACGGUGAUAGCGACCGGUGGUUUCGGAAGAGCGUAUUUUUCAUGCACAUCUGCCCAUACAUGUACUGGCGAUGGUGGUGGUAUGGUGGCUAGGGCAGGUCUCCAAAGUCAAGACUUAGAAUUCGUACAAUUCCAUCCUACGGGUAUCUAUGGUGCUGGCUGCCUUAUCACCGAAGGGUGCCGUGGAGAGGGUGGCUUCCUUAUUAAUUCUCAGGGCGAACGAUUCAUGGAAAGAUACGCUCCAGUUGCCAAGGACUUGGCUUCCAGAGAUGUCGUGUCAAGAGCCAUGACCAUCGAAAUCAGAGAAGGUAGAGGAGUUGGUCCCGAAAAAGACCACGUCUUCUUACAGUUACAUCAUUUACCGGCAGAGCAGUUGCACUCUAGAUUACCAGGUAUUUCGGAGUCAGCGAAGAUUUUCGCUGGCGUCGACGUGACGAGAGAACCCAUACCUGUAAUUCCAACUGUACAUUAUAACAUGGGAGGCGUACCAACAAACUUUAAGGGUCAGGUAUUGAAUAACUUUAGUGGAGAGGACAAGGUGGUCAAAGGAUUAUACGCUUGCGGAGAAGCUGCAUCUUCCAGUGUCCAUGGGGCUAACAGAUUAGGUGCUAAUUCAUUGCUAGAUCUGGUCGUUUUUGGUAGGGCUUGUGCCAAAACGAUAGCCGAAGAAAACAAACCGGGAGAACCGAUUUCAGAUAUUAAAGACAAUGCUGGAGAAUCGUCGGUCAGCAAUAUCGACUGGGUACGUAACCUCAACGGGUCAAUUCCAACAGCCGCGUUACGCUUGGACAUGCAGAAAACCAUGCAGGCGCAUGCAGCCGUGUUUAGAACAGCAGACGUAAUGCAGGAGGGUAUUAAGAAGAUGCAUGAUCUUUAUAGGCAAAUGCUUGACCUUAAGAUCACCGAUCGCAGUCUCAUUUGGAAUACAGACCUGGUGGAAACGCUCGAGCUCCAGAAUCUGAUGAUAUGCGCCGUCCAAACGAUCACGGGCGCCGAAAAUCGAAAGGAAUCUCGUGGAGCUCACGCCAGAGAAGACUUCAAGGACAGAGUGGACGAGUACGAUUAUAAAAAACCGUUGGAGGGACAAACGAAGAAACCAAUGGAGCAACAUUGGAGGAAGCACACCCUUACAACGGUCGAUAUCGGAACGGGGAAAGUCGAUAUAAAAUUUAGGCCCGUGAUCGAUGAAACGUUAGACCAAAAGGAAUGCGCAACUGUACCACCCGCAAUUAGGUCGUAUUAAAGAUUUAAUAACAAUAAUAAUAAUAAUAAUUUGUUGUUGUUAUUAUAAUCUGCGUAUUAUUUUUUUGUAAAUAAAAAAGAAGGCUUACGGAAGAGUCAAUUAAUUAUUCGAAGAAAGCGAUUUUUCGUUUUGAAUGUUAAAUGAUUUAUCUAAAAAUAUAUCAAUUUAGCACAAGGUAAUUUAUUACUGUAAUCGAACAAGUAUUUUAAAUUUUUCUUAUUUUGGCGCAAGUCUGACGUGUGCACUAGUUAUGGGCAAAUUAACACCAA